AUCAAAGAAAGAUAUGGAUUGAAUAGAAUCACAUGGCAAGGAGAUCCAUGCGUCCCCCAGAAGUUUUUAUGGGACAAUCUAAAUUGCAGCAGCACAGAUACAUCUAGACCACCAAGAAUCACUUAUUUGUGAGAUAUUUAUAUAGCACAACAUCUUUAGAAUUGUAAGAAAACAUUUUCUAGAUACUUUACACUUUUUUCUUCUGUAAACAGGAAUUUGACUUCCAGCGGGUUGAAAGGAUUCAUAGCAGCUGCAAUUCAAAAUCUUACCCAUCUUGAAAAGUUGUAAGUAUGAUAGUUCGUACUUCAUAGAAAAUAAAAUUCAUACAUGUCAGUAACUUGAUUCUUACAAACUCCAGGGACUUGUCAAAUAACAAUCUCACUGGAGAAAUUCCUGGAUUUCUGGCUGAUAUGAAGUCUUUAAUGCUCAUGUAAGUUAUUUUUAGUGCUCAUGUAAGUUUCUUGGGAUCAUGUAACCUACAUGUAUGACUAUUCUCUGGUUUAACAGAAACUUGAGCAAGAACAAUCUGAUUGGUUUCAUCCCACAAGCCCUUCUUGAAAGAGAAAGUGAAGGGCUAACGUUAUUGUAAGAAUUCCCACACACCUUUCUUUUUGAAUCCUUCAACAAAUGAAUUCAGAAUUCUAACGGUAAUUAAAUCAUUUUUUGGGUAGUGUUGAUGGAGAGAAUCGUUGUUUAUCUGGCUCAUGUGUCACAGAGAAGAAAUUUCCAGUAAAAACUGCUGCAUUUGUUUCUUCGGCUACUGCCUUGGUUAUUAUGGUGAUUCUUGUUCUCAUUUUUGUGUUUAAGAAGAAAAAAUCACCAAAUUCAGAAGGUAUUUGCUAAAACUCAUUUCAUGAUAUUUAUAAUAUUCUUGUACUAAAUGUUGGUUUCUACAGCUCUACCACCAUCAUCAAUUAAGCCGAGUGCGAACGUUGCAUCUACUAAUAUAUCCGAAAUAUCAAUCGAUAUGAAAAGAAAAAAAUUUACUUACUCAGAGGUGAUGGAAAUGACAAACAACUUGGAAAGACCACUUGGUGAAGGAGGGUUUGGCAUUGUUUAUCAUGGUGUCAUAAAUGGCUCACAACAGGUAGCCGUCAAGGUCGAACUUUUGUUGAGAGUUCACCACAUCAACUUAGUAAGCCUUGUCGGAUGUUGCGACGAACGAGAUCAUUUGGCUCUCAUAUAUGAAUACAUGUCCAACGGAGACCUAAAACAUCAUUUGUCAGGAAAACAAGGCAGCUCUGUUCUGAAGUGGAGUACUCGACUACAAAUAGCCAUCGAUGCUGCACUAGGACUAGAGUACUUACAUAAUGGAUGUCGGCCAUCGAUGGUGCAUAGAGAUGUCAAAAGUACAAAUAUAUUGUUGGAUGAGAAAUUCUCUGCCAAACUUGCGGAUUUUGGACUUUCCAGAUCUUUCCAAUUCGGAGAUGAGUAUCAUGUUUCGACUGAUGUUGCUGGUACCCCUGGAUAUCUUGAUCCCGAAACAGGUCGAUUGGCGGAAAUGAGUGAUGUUUAUAGUUUUGGAAUUUUAUUAUUGGAGAUAAUCACAAACCAACGCGUGCUUGACCAAACUCGUGAAAAGUCACACAUAGGAGAAUGGACAGCAUUUAUGCUUAAUAGAGGAGAUAUUACUGGAAUCAUGGAUCUUAACCUUCAUGGUGAUUACAGCUCUCAUUCUGCCUGGAGAGCUCUUGAGUUGGCUAUGUUGUGUGCAAACCCUUCUUCAGAAAAACGACCAAACAUGUCCCAAGUUGCUUUCGAGUUAAAAGAGUGUCUUACUUCUGAAAUCUCGAUGAAAAGUAAAGAUCAAGACAUGGACUCUCAAAGUUCCCCUGAAGUAAGCAUGAGCUGUGACACCAAGGGUUUGCCUAGUGCAAGGUAGUAUUUGCAAAGAAUCAUUGUCUGUGUUACUGGUAUUUUUUUUUUUUUGG